AUGGACGUGUGCCCGGAUCCUUCAAACACGAUCUGCCGAGGGUGCGGAAUCUCCAACCCCGCCGAAGACCACAGAUGUGUCCCGAAGUGUGGCCUGUGCGGAGGCAAACACCUGACCGCGGACAAGGCCUGCAAAGCCCGCUUCAAGACGCCCUACGGGGUCCGCCGGCGACGCUGGGAACGGCGCCGAGCAGAGGAAGAAGACGCCGGGAGAAGAAACCGAGACAAGAGAGGUCCUGCAGGCGGACCCCGCCGUAGCGCCUCCAAACAGCGGGGCCGGUCACACACGCCAGACCGCCGCCGCAAUAACAGUGGCGGCGGAAACGGCCGCCGGAGUCGCUCCCGCUCGAAGACACCAUCCGGUGGCAGCAACGGUGGCGGCAACCGCCGCUCGCGCUCCCGGACCAGUUCGAGAUCCAGGGCCAGUUCAAGGUCCCGGAGCGAGUCAACCGGACGCCGAGCGAUCGCCGAGAAAAAGGUGGGCUGGACCAACAGGUCUCCCGUCGCUCGAGCCAGCGACACCGAGUUCCCACCGCUCAGCCCCUCUCAACCCCUUAACUCGCAAGCAAAUCUGCAAAAGGACAGUAACGAAGUUUUAGAACUUAAGAGAAUCAUAGAGCGCCAAAACGCUCAGAUUCAGGAGCAGAACGCCCAAAUACGGGCGCUUAUGAAUAAGAUCGAAGCGUUGGUGAAUAACGGCAGUUCAGCAAAUGCUAGCCCCCAAAACAACAUCACGGCGGCAAACAACGCCGCAGGCUUGCGCAGGUUGCCGCGGAGGGACCCCCCUUCACCCCGCCUAGGGCGGGUGGCGGGAGAGGCUGGGGUUACGCAACGUGCAUCAAAUAAUCAAGAGGCGAUGGACGCCGAAAUCAGCCCGCGAGCGGAGAGGAAGCGACGACCGCAGAGACCGCGACCACGGAAACGGCACAGAUCCCGCGAGAAGGAGAGCUGA